GUUGAUCAUAGACCUCUCAUUUUAACUAUUAUUCCUAAAAACCAUAUGAUUGAAUUUUUCAGCCCAAGCCCUUUGCAUUAUGAUCCCACGAUAAAUCCUUUUAUUAAUCACAAUAUUAAUUCUUACACAUUUUUAAAUAAUAUUGAAAACCGAUCAAUAUGCUCCAGAUGUAAUAAAUCCAGGCGAUUCUUUUGUUAUACAUGCUAUAUACCUGUAGAAAGUAUUAAGGAACAAAUACCAUUCAUAAAGUUACCAUUAAAGAUUCACAUUAUAAAACACCCCAAUGAAUUAUCAGGUAAAAGUACUGCUGUCCAUGCUGCCCUCUUAGCUCCUAAUGAUGUAAAUAUCUAUAAUUAUCCAGAUUUCCCAAAAAUUAAUGCUAAAAAUAAAACUGUGCUUUUAUAUCCUACAAGUGAUGCAUUUACAUUGAAUGAUAUAUUAGCCUCCUAUAGUUCAAUAAAUAAUGUUCAUGACACUGAGGAAAAUGCUUUUCAAGCAAUUUUUAUUGACGGGACUUGGAAACAAGCUAAUAAAAUUUUACGCGAUGAAAGGCUUCAAGGAUUGCAACACGUUAAACUAAAUAAAUAUCAAACCAAUUUUUGGAGAUAUCAAAGAAGACAUAAAAAUGAUCACCUAUCUACCAUAGAGGCUAUUUAUUAUUUUGUGAAAGAAUAUCAACAAUAUAUAAAUAAUAUGGGCUUAAACGAUCUCGAUGUCAACUUAACCAAAUACGACAACUUAUUAUUUUUCUACGCUUUUAUGCAUGAAAAUAUUAGAAAUCAAUAUGCCGGGAAAAAGGUUAUAAAAGCCUGGAAAAAUCAAAUUAAUAAUGCAUAAAAUCAAUCCCCCUUCCCCAUUUUUAGUCAAAUUUUAAAUUAUGUAAAUAUUUAUGUAGCAAAUUUGUAUAUAUUCACUAUUACAAAUGUGAUUAAAUAUAUUUUGUAUAAAAAAACUCA